UACACUCCUCACAGAGGACGCUCUAGGAUAUCCAAGCGGUCCAAGAGAACGGAGGUUUGGUUUAAUCGGGACACGGCGAGAUUUUUUUUUUCCAUGAAAGGGUUCAAGACAGCAGGGAAGAAGCUGUCCCACGCGUGUCUUUGACGCCGUGUCCUCUCCGUCCGUGGAUGGCUGGGCAGGUGUUGCAACCAGGGAGGAGGAUGCUGUUCAUUGCUCUCAUCUCCACUACGACGGCAUGGACAUUUUAAAGCAACACGAAAUGAUCCGUCUUUCCCCGUUUGCACGCCGUUUUAUAUUUUUAAACCAAUGACAUUUUCCCCGUCUUGCAUUCGAGGCUUGUCAGAUCCACCACCUUAAGGUAAAAUCGGCAGUACCACGUUAUAGCAACACUAUACCAAAUAUUGCGGUUUUUUUUUUUUUUUUUUAAAUUAAUUAAAUAAAUUAUGGUAGCAUUUUAUUUCCCGUGCUCUUUAACUGAACACUGUUUCAGGAUUACCAAAUUGUACCAUGGACGUUUGAGGUGUUUUUUAAACAUUAGAUGUCGGGAAUAUGAUUUAUCACUGAGGCCCCUGUCAUUUUAAAGGCGUAUGUACUGUAAUGACAUGUUGUCAUGACAGUGAAGAACUAAAUCUUGUGGCUUCUAUGGAGCGUUCUGAUGCAGCAGGCAUGACAAGCGAUGGUUCUUGCUGAAUAAGUCCCCAUGAUUUGGUGGUGGGGUUUUGUCCUCAGGGUUCGGACAGAUCCAAAACAAGUGUAGGACUUGAGACGCCCUUCAGUGCCAGCCAAAAGACUGAACAUUUGAUUCCUUGUCACCCACAAUUGGCCCCUGGCAGGGGAACGAGGAAGGUGGUCUCUACAUGGACACCCAGGUUGCUUAGACCAGAAGCUGCAGAACCGUGACCCAUUUGAACAUAUGAGCUGUUCUGAUCCGGAUGGGAUGUAAUGUGUGGCUGUGCAGCUGAGCAUCGGUCUCCUUUUCCGCUCCUUUGUCAAGAUUGGCUUCUGGUUUCCAGAGAAUGGCACGGUUUGGAGACGAAGUACCAGCCAGGUAUGGUGGAGGGCCCGGUGGAGGGGGCCCGGGUGGCCGUGGUGGAGGGAGACAAGGAGGACCACACGGACAUGGACAUGCUCAUGGGCACGGACACGGACAUGGGCAUGGCCAUGCACAUGGGCACGGACUGGGCCACGGUCCACCUGGGGGGCCAGGAGCCCAGAGAAUGUACAAGCAAUCCAUGGCUCAGAGGGCCCGGACUAUGGCCCUGUACAACCCGAUACCAGUACGCCAGAACUGUUUCACGGUCAACCGCUCCUUGUUCAUUUUCAGUGAAGAUAACUUUGUGAGAAAAUACGCCAAAAAGAUCACCGAAUGGCCUCCAUUUGAGUGGAUGAUUCUUGCCACCAUCAUUGCCAACUGUAUCGUCCUGGCCCUGGAACAACAUUUGCCUGACGGUGACAAGACGCCUCUGUCUGAACGUCUGGACGCUACAGAAAUGUAUUUCAUUGGGAUCUUCUGUUUUGAAUCUGGUAUAAAGAUCCUUGCUCUGGGAUUUGCCUUCCACAAGAACUCUUACCUAAGGAACGGAUGGAAUGUCAUGGAUUUUGUGGUGGUGCUCACAGGGAUCCUGUCCACUGUGGGCUCAGAUUUUGACCUGCGAACCCUGAGAGCCGUUCGAGUGUUAAGGCCCCUCAAACUGGUGUCUGGUAUUCCUAGCUUACAGGUGGUGCUCAAAUCAAUCAUGAAAGCCAUGAUUCCGCUGCUACAAAUUGGCCUCCUGCUUUUCUUUGCCAUCCUCAUGUUCGCGAUCAUCGGCUUGGAAUUUUACAUGGGCAAAUUCCACACCACCUGCUUUGACAAUCACACAGGGGAGAUCCGUGAAGAAUUUCCAUGUGGGAUUGAACCUCCAUCACGAUUGUGUCCUGAGGGUACCACGUGUCGAAAGUACUGGCUCGGUCCAAACUAUGGCAUCACCCAGUUUGACAACAUUCUUUUUGCUAUCUUGACCGUCUUCCAGUGUAUCACCAUGGAGGGCUGGACUGAGCUGCUCUACUAUAGCAACGAUGCCUCAGGGAGCGCAUGGAACUGGAUGUAUUUCAUCCCACUUAUUAUCAUCGGCUCCUUUUUCAUGCUCAACUUGGUACUGGGUGUUUUGUCGGGAGAGUUUGCCAAAGAGAGGGAAAGAGUGGAAAACAGAAGCGAGUUCCUGAAGCUGAGAAGACAGCAGCAGAUUGAAAGAGAACUCAACGGUUACUUGGAGUGGAUUUGCAAAGCUGAAGAGGUUCUUUUGGCAGAUGAUGAAAAUGAAAAUGAUUAUGAUGGCUCCCGCAGGAGAGCCACCAAGAACCAUAAAAGCAAAGCUGAGCUUCUAAACCCAGAGGAGGGGGAGGGAGAUAUGGCAGUUGGUUCGCCAUUUGCCCGUGCUAGCUUAAAAAGCUCCAAGCUUGAAGUAUCAACAUUCAAGAGGCGAGAACGCCGGUUGCGCUUCUUCAUCCGACAUAUUGUGAAGUCUCAGGGCUUCUACUGGACUGUAUUGUGUUUGGUGGGCCUCAACACGCUGUGUGUGGCUGUUGUGCAUUACGACCAGCCGGAACCACUCUCAGAUUUUCUAAAUUACGCUGAAUUUAUCUUCUUGGGAAUUUUCUUGACGGAAAUGUUUGUCAAGAUGUAUGGUUUGGGAAGGCAGGCAUACCUCAACUCCUCUUUUAACUGCUUUGACUGCAUCGUGAUCUGUGUCAGCAUUUUCGAAGUGCUGUGGUCCUUUAUCCAGCCAGGCACGUCAUUUGGCAUCAGUGUUUUACGAGCUCUCAGGUUAUUGAGAAUCUUCAAAGUCACCAAGUAUUGGGCAUCUUUACGAAACCUUGUCGUGUCUUUGCUGAAUUCCAUGAAGUCUAUCAUCAGCUUGCUCUUCCUCCUCUUUCUCUUCAUAGUUGUCUUCGCCCUGCUGGGAAUGCAGCUCUUCGGCGGACAGUUUAAUUUUGAAAAUGGCACUCCGUCAACAAAUUUUGAUACCUUCCCGGCAGCAAUAAUGACAGUGUUUCAGAUUCUGACAGGUGAAGACUGGAACAUGGUGAUGUACGCUGGCAUCAAAUCUCAGGGUGGAGUCAACAAGGGCAUGGCCUUCUCUGUCUUCUUCAUAGUGCUCACACUUUUUGGCAACUAUACUCUUCUGAAUGUCUUCUUGGCUAUCGCUGUGGACAAUUUGGCCAAUGCACAAGAGCUAACCAAGGAUGAGCAAGAGGAGGAGGAGGCUGCCAGUCAGAAGAUCGCGUUGCAGAAAGCCAAGGAGGUGGCGGAAGUCAGCCCUCUGUCAGCUGCCAACCUCUCCAUAGCAGCCAACAAAGUACACAGUGAUUGUCACAACGCUUCUGACCCCUUUCUGGACUGUAAGGAACAACAGAAGAACCACAAGGGCCUCAAUAAGUCUGUGUGGGAGCAGCGCACCAAGGAGCUAAGGAAGCAAACACUGGCAUCCAGCCGAGAAGCACUCUACAACGAGCUGGACCCCGAAGACCGCUGGAAGGCAAGGACUGGGAGGGAGGAACACAACAAUGUCAACUACUCACGCCAUGUCAGACCAGAUAUGAAAACUCACCUGGACCGACCUUUAGUGGUUGACCCCCUUGAGAAUCGUAACAACAACACCAACAAGAACACCAACAACAAUCCAGACUUCUGCUUUAGCCAGGAGCAUCAUGUCGAUGACUUGCAACGGCAAACACACCACCAUGAACGCAGUGGUCCUGGAGGCCCUGUCAAAGCUCCUUUAGAGAGAGGGGAGUCCACUGAGAGCAGACGGAGUCGGAAAAGUACGCACCACCAUCAUAGCUCCCAUGUACGACUGGAUACAACCGUGAUUCCUGGGCCAGGCUCGGAAGAGAGGCCGGCUAGGCGCCAUCAUCACAAUCGCAGUGGAAGUCGAGGGACAGGACAGUCCGAACACAGGAAACCUAGGUCGCAUCGCAAGAAUGAUGAAGACGAGGACGGUCAAGAAGGAGCUGGAAAAGCAGGAAGAUGCAAGAGCAAAGGAGUCGAUGAUGGUGGGGAGGGUGGAGAGAAGGAAGCAGUUGGGGAUGGAAGUGAGAGGAAACAAAGAAGAAAUCGUCAUAACAACCGCACGGAAGGAGAGGGGAAGAAAAUAUGCCAUCGUCGACGGAAGGAUGGAAGUGAUCUGAACCUCUCCACCACAAGGCCUAUCCAAAAGAGACUGUCUAGACAGGAGAGACAAGACAGUGAGGAUAUGGAUAACCUGAUGAAUACCAAACUGAUUUCUGGCUCUCCCCCUUCCAACGAGCAUCACCCAAAUCCACUGUCAAACUAUGAUGCUGCCCCUGCCUUUGAAUCUGCCUUCCAACUUACUAAGAGUGGCACACGAGGGAGUUUAGUCAGAUUGGACAGCUAUGGGAACAUUGGACAUCGCCGUGCCAACAGCAUCAUCAGACAGCCCCACCUUGAUCACACAGUGGUGGACAUGCCAAUAUUUCCAUCCACCAAUGCCAUUCUGCAAGUCAAUAAAAAUGCAAACACGGAACCUUUGCCAGCAAAGGAGGACAAGGACGAUGAUGAUGAUGCAAAGGGAGGUGACGGAGGGCCUCGGCCCAUGCCUCCUUUCACAUCCAUGUUUAUACUGACCACCACUAACCCGUUUCGUCGAGCCUGUCACUACAUCUGCACCCUGCGCUACUUUGAGAUGUGUAUUUUGCUGGUCAUUGCCAUGAGUAGUAUUGCCCUCGCUGCCGAAGACCCAGUCUGGCCUGAUUCUACUCGCAACAACGUCUUGCGCUAUUUUGACUAUGUUUUUACUGGAGUGUUCACAUUUGAGAUGUUAAUCAAGAUGGUGGACCUGGGGUUGGUCUUGCACCAGGGCUCAUAUUUCCGUGACUUGUGGAACAUCCUUGACUUUAUUGUGGUUAGUGGUGCACUGGUGGCCUUUGCCUUCACGGGGAGCAGCAAAGGAAAAGAUAUCAGCACUAUCAAGUCUCUUAGGGUGCUCAGAGUGCUGCGGCCACUUAAAACAAUAAAACGUCUUCCCAAACUCAAGGCUGUUUUUGACUGUGUGGUGAACUCUCUGAAGAAUGUCCUCAACAUUCUAAUUGUCUACCUGCUCUUCAUGUUCAUCUUUGCUGUGGUGGCUGUGCAGCUCUUCAAGGGUCGUUUCUUUUACUGCAGUGAUGAGUCCAAAGAGUUUGAACGCGACUGCAGAGGCGAGUUUUUGGUGUAUGGGCGUGAUAAUGAAGUGAAGGCACAGAAGAGGGAAUGGAAGAAGUACGAUUUCCACUACGACAAUGUGGCUUGGGCCCUGCUCACCCUUUUUACUGUGUCAACUGGAGAGGGGUGGCCGGAUGUGCUGAAGCAUUCAGUGGAUGCAACUUAUGAGAAUCAGGGCCCCAGCCCGGGAUAUCGAAUGGAGAUGUCCAUCUUUUACGUGGUGUACUUCGUGGUCUUCCCCUUUUUCUUUGUCAACAUCUUCGUGGCUCUUAUCAUUAUCACCUUCCAGGAGCAAGGAGACAAAAUGAUGGAGGAUUAUAGUUUGGAAAAGAAUGAGAGAGCCUGUAUCGAUUUUGCCAUCAACGCCAAGCCUCUGACUCGCCACAUGCCAAAGAACAAGCUUAGCUUUCAGUACCGCAUGUGGGAGUUUGUGGUGUCACCGCCAUUUGAGUACACUAUAAUGGCAAUGAUCGCACUGAACACAAUUGUCCUAAUGAUGAAGUAUGAUGAAGCCCCAGAUGCCUAUGAAGCUGUCUUAGCCAACCUCAACAUAGUGUUUACCUCCCUCUUCUCCAUGGAGUGUGUACUCAAGAUUAUUGCCUUUGGUGCACUGAAUUAUUUUAAAGAUGCCUGGAACAUUUUUGACUGUGUGACAGUUCUAGGCAGCAUCACUGACAUUCUGGUUACUGAACUUGGGAAUAACUUCAUCAACCUGAGUUUCCUGAGGCUGUUCAGGGCAGCUCGUCUCAUCAAGCUGCUGAGGCAAGGAGAAACCAUUCGCAUCUUGCUCUGGACCUUUGUUCAGUCCUUCAAGGCUCUGCCUUAUGUAUGUCUCCUCAUUGCCAUGCUCUUCUUCAUCUAUGCCAUCAUUGGGAUGCAGCUGUUUGGAAAUAUUGCUAUUGAAGAAGAUGGAGAAGGUGCAAUUGACCAACACAACAACUUCAGGACCUUCGUUCAGGCUCUCAUGCUCCUCUUCAGGAGUGCAACUGGGGAGGCGUGGCAUGAGAUCAUGCUGGCCUGUCUUGGGGGUCAACAAUGUGAUGAGUUGUCAGGGAAUACCGAGCCAGAGUGUGGCAGUCAAGUGGCUUACCUUUACUUUGUCUCCUUCAUCUUCUUCUGUUCAUUUUUGAUGCUGAAUCUUUUUGUGGCUGUCAUCAUGGACAACUUUGAGUAUUUGACCAGAGAUUCUUCUAUACUUGGACCUCACCACUUGGAUGAGUAUGUCAGGAUAUGGGCCGAGUAUGAUCCUGCCGCCUGUGGCAGGAUCAGUUGCAGGCAAAUGUAUGACAUGCUGAGGCACAUGUGUCCUCCACUAGGCCUUGGGAAGAGGUGUCCUGCACGGGUGGCCUACAAGAGACUGCUCCGUAUGGAUCUGCCUGUCGCUGACGACAAUACGGUCCACUUUAACUCCACUCUCAUGGCUUUGAUCCGCACCGCGCUGGACAUCAAGAUCGCCAAGAUUUCUGAAGGUGGUAUAGACAAGCACCAGAUGGAUGCAGAGCUGAGGAAAGAGAUGAUGGCAAUCUGGCCCAAUCUCUCCCAGAAGCAUCUGGACUUGCUGGUUACGCCGCACAAGUCAGCGACAGACCUUACAGUUGGCAAAAUCUACGCUGCCAUGAUGAUCAUGGAGUACUACCGUCAAAGCAAGAUGAAGCGUUCACAGGCACUCCAGGAUGAGCAGAAUCGAACGCCAUUACUGUUUCAGCGCGUGGAACCGCCUUCCCCUACCCAGGACGGGGGUCCGGGCCUAAACAAUGCACUCUCUCCACCUGAAACGACAGAGAUGAUGAGCAGCCUCCCGGUGGAAGGAGGGGUCCCAGAGAGCCAUUCGUGGGUCACAGCUCGUGCGCAGGAGAUGUCCCAGAAGGUUGGAAGCUGGAGUCCUGAAGAUGGCCUGGGAAGCAUGACCACCUCGCAGACGGUAGAGAUGAGAGAGAUGGGGCAGGAUGGUUACUCGGAUACUGAGCACUUUCCACCAAUGGAAGGCCACGGCAGGGCCGCUUCCAUGCCCCGCCUACCAGGCGAAAACCAAAAGCGGAGGAAGGGGAAGCACCGUGGCAGUCACCUAAGUACCAUCAGUGACAACAGCCCUAUGAAACGCUCAGCCUCAUCGUUAGGUCACAGCAGGUCAGGACGUGGCAGCAGAGAAAAAGGAGGCCAAGAUGUCUACAACAUGGAGCGUGUAAUACCAGAGGAAGGUCGGGCUUCCAGGCACGGGCACAGGAGAAAAGAGCGCAGUCAUCGUGCCUCAGAGAGGUCACUGUGUCGCUACACGGAGGCCGACGCAGACACCCCAUCUGGUGACCUGAUGUCCAAAGACAGGGAUCGGGACAGAGAUCGAGGAAGGUCCAAAGACCGUAAGCACCAUCACCAUCAUCACCACCACCACGGGUCCAUUGACAAGGAACGCUACGCUCCGGAGCGAGGAGGCGAGUACGGCCGCAAGCAUUCUCGUGACAGAGAGCCCGACAGGGAGAGGGAGCGAGAAAGGGACCCACGGUGGUCACGAUCCCCCAGCGAGGGUCGAGACUGCAUAACACACAGACAGGGCAGUAGUUCGGUCAGUGGAAGUCCUGUUCCGUCAACCUCCGGGACUAGCACACCACGCCGAGGCCGACGUCAAUUGCCUCAGACGCCCGCGACUCCACGUCCCCAUAUUACUUACUCCCCUGUAGUCCGUAAGGCCAUGCCGUCACAACCUGCGGGGCCACCGGGGCGAGCGCCGGCCCCGGUGCCCCGCCGAUUAUCUCCUGAUGCCCCUCAAGGUCAAGUUCCUCUCUCUGGAGUGACGCCGGCCCACCACGGUGUGCCCCGCCAGGGUCAUCACCCCCCACUACGCUGGGCGGACGCAGAUGGCGGAUCUAUAGAAGGGGACGGCUGCUUUUACAACCAAAACUACGUGCCCCACCAAGAACCACCUGCCCAUGACCCAGUCAGCAACCCCCACCCACACCCCUUGGCCAGCCACCCGCUGCCACCUCCUCCUCAACCGCAACCUCGCAACCUGCACCCUGUUAAUAAUCCCCAUCCUCACCCCUUGCCACCACACCCCCAGCCAAACCGUACCUCACCAAGGACUGUCCACCACGUGCCACCUUCCACCACUCCCUUGACCGGGCCCCAUCAGGUCCAAGUGCAACCCCCUGUCCAGCGUCGCCUACCCAACGGUUACCGCUCUUCAUCACCUUCCACACAUCUCCAUGGACCCCAACAUAGUGGGCCUCACAAGGUCCCACCCCCAGGGGGACACCCUCGAGGGCCCCGCAAGGGUCUGCAUGAACCCUAUUGUGACAAGGAGCAGGACGACUGGUGCUAGCCUUGGGGGAUCGGGGAGGGAUGUAAGGAAGAACAGCAGUGCAGUAUGUGGACUGACACGACAUCAGCCUCUUUCACUCUCUCUAUCAUCCUUGGAAUGUGCCGGAAAUGCCGGGCUUGACGAGGAUGAAUGAAUAAAACAAGAAUGCUCAGGCACGAAUAGCGAGAUAUAUUAGAAGAAAAAAAAUAUACAGAUAGAGGUACCAAAUGUGCAUUGGUGUUACAUUCAUCAAUUGACAAAUUGCAACUUUAAAGGAUGCAAAUUAGGAGAGGGUGAUCUUAAAUUCUGCCUCUGAUCAAGAGCUACAGCCACUUACAAGAUGUCAAGAGUUGCGACUCAAAAAAAAAAAAGACUUUACAGUCAGAAACAAAACCCUUUUUUUUUUUGCUUCCUAGAGCUAACUUGAAUUGUAUUAGCUUGAAAGGAAGUCAAAUCCAGACAAACCUAGUCACCUAUUGAAUAUUGAUGAGUUUUAUCAUCUUUGUUUUUAAGUGAGAACUAAACUGACGACGAGUCCGCCGCCUGUAUGAGGCUGUAAGUGUGGGUGUCAACUCGGGAAGGAUGGAACCCGAGAAUGUUUACCCUUAUUUGUGGUGGUUACCCUCCACCCAGAAACAGAAUAUUCCCACCAUCCUAUGCCGUGAUGAAGAAAAACAAAAGUGAUGAUGGGUUUAACCGCCAAACCCGUUUUCUGCAGAAUUUCUUCUCUUACUGCAGCUGUUUCUUCUUCCGCUUCUUCUUCAAAACACUCAAGCUUGAAUCUUCUUUUGCAACCCCGCACAGCUUUUUUAAGACUCGUAAACCCUGUGUGAUCCUGCAUGAAUGAUUAAAAAAAGUUACUACUAGCAACAAUGAGAAUCUACUGUAUGUAAGGGGGAGGGACAUUUUUCUUCCUGUUGUAGCCUGUAGGUUUACAAUAUUACCUUUCAGUUUCUCUCUCGUUCUCCCCCUUUUUGACAUUCCUCUAUUUAUAAGAUCAUUCACUUAAAGAGUCAACCAGAAAAGUCGUGUGUCAUUGUAAGUGAGGGGGGAAAAAAAGACUUUUUGCUUGCGUGUCUCUAUGUUGUGUGCCAAAUGCCUGCCACUCAUACAGAUGGAAAUGCACUUUUUUCUUCUGAACUUUUCUAACAAUGGUGAUAAUCUUAUUAUGAUAAACUGGCAAGCAGGGUAAAGUGGAUCUGGCAGCAUUCCUCCUUAUUGGUAACUUUUCUGAGCUCUUCCAGAUAUCCUAGAAAGAAACAGGUGGACAGAAAGGUGGAGAAUGGGGAGAAAUGUGUUUUCUUUGACCAUACAAGAAAAGAGUCAUGUGGAACAUGAGAUGGAUGGCCAUAUUUUGCUCACCACUUUUCGGACCAUGAGGUAUGGUGCACUUCAGAUGCUUAACUUUUAAGUUUGAAGCUACACUGGAACCUCCAAGUUGAAUACGAUCAGUUCUGUAAUUUUAUAUUCGUUUGCAUAUAACAAGACACCUAAGACAAGCAAACAACAACAGUAAAGUCAACAAUAAGGUCUCCUGUAUUUACCUCUCAGCAUGUGAUUGUUGGCCAAAUGUUAUUAAAGAUCUGGAGAAGCACUGCGGCAAAAAGGAGACUGUGGCGUAUAAUACAUCAUAACAAUUGGGGAGACUUAUCAGUGUAUGUGUCAUUUCUGCUGUUUUUCAGUCAUAGUAGUAUACCACAACUAGUUCUACUUGCAUCCUUAAAGGUAUCCAUUGAUAGAAAGACUUGUAGUUUUUAAAAGAUAAACAUUAUGAGUUAAAAUAUUUUUAUAUUAAAACCCCUCUUGAUGUCUUCGUUUUUAAUACAAUUUGUAAAAUUACCUUAACUAGUAGGUGACCAUUGUUGUUGACGUCGCAGGGCGGUGACGUAUCUUGUUUACGCUGCCGGGCUUCCAGAGUAUGACUCUAGCGACAUACACUACCGUUCAAAAGUUUGGGGUCUAAAAGAUCAAAAGUUUGGGGUCUAAGAGUUUAAGGUCACUUAGACCUCAAACUUUUGAACGGUAGUGUAAACAUGUCAUCUGUUCAACCAUUUCAAUUUGAACCCGAGAGGAACAUUAAUGAGCAUGACAGCACUGUCGAUAUUUCACAAAACAAUCUGCAAAAGUUAAAUGAACAGGAAAGACGGGAUGAGAUGAGACGAGAGUAUGACAAAACCGGUGUUCUGCCAAAAUGUGCUACACACAUCGACAAGAGGCAAAUUUGACACCCAAAGUACUAUACCAUGCACUUUUAGCUUGUUUUUUUUAGAUGCAUACGGACAGAACAUACUAAAGAUGCCUUAAGAAAAUACUUAAACACUGUAGUAUCAAAUAAGAGUGGUUUAAAUACGCUACGUGACUAAUGUGGUCAACAGAUCAACAAUCUGCUUCAAAGCUUACACAAGAAAACACAAUGCAUAAAAGUAUGAGAAGGAAACACAUGCAAAAAGUAUUUUGAGGCAAUGAAAAGGUAAUAAAAGACUCAAUAAAGACACAAAUUGUGAGUACUCACCGCUUUUAACCAAUGAAUGCAUGUGUUGUAUGCCUCGCCACAUAGAAGGAAUUAUAGAACACCGGUAGUGUUCGUCAUGUGACAAUGAAAAACUGUGUUAUCAGCCCGAGCGUCCAUUGCGCGCAUAAAACAUGGCGCCCUGCGUCGGUCAAAACAUGUAUUGAAUAUUAUAUUUUUAACUCAAUGGCAAUAUUUUAUGUGUUUCUAAUAACAUAUUUUAUUAAAAGAGAACAGUUGUGGCUUAUUAGAGCCUACAAGUCUUUAAAUCCAAGGUUCCCUCUAAUGUUGACUUAGCCAACUGCAUGGCUACUUUGAAUAAGAGACAAAGCAGACAAAGAUAUAUCUUAAUUCCUAGCUUAAUUGACACUUACCUUUUGACAUUUAUCUUCCCUUAUUUAUCGAGAAAAAAAUUUAAUUGCAAACUUUAGAAUGUUGGAUUUUGGAGGUUCCUCUGUUUUUCAAACUUUGACAAUUUGUGAGAGCGCGGUGCCGAACCAAGCCUUCAUAGGGCCUUAAGCAGUGUUUGAUUGUUGCCGCCCCUUCUCAAAAGUCACUAUUCGCUUAUUUUCUUCCAUUUAAUUUCAGUUAUCAUUUGGACAGAUAUGAGGCCAUCAGCAUUUGACAGUUUAGGUUUAUCAGUUUAUUGCCAAUUGACAUUUGAGCAAAGUUAAAUUGUCACUUGGCCAGAUGUUUUCCAGCCUGGCUCCUGCCUGUAAUAUACCUCAAACGAUAUAAAAACACAAAGUGUAUAGUGACUUUAGAUAAAAUCUGUUUCAUUAUUUAUUUAUUUAUUUAGUCCUCUUAACUUUAUGCCCCCCUCCCAAGCAGAUGCUUGAUUAGUUGAUGCCCCUGCCAGCUCUGAUCAAGACGCUGUUUCAAAUAUUCUUUUCAUUUUCCCAAUGCCCAUCUUGGCAGUUCCACCUGUGACCUUCACGAUAGCGUGCCGCUGCCUUCACUUGUAACUCUUAGAGCUCAGAUGGUUUCUUGAUCUAUAUCUGCCAUUACUACAGGCUGCUUCUCGUCUGUUUUAACCCACACAGACAAGCCCACUCAAGGUCAGUUGGCUGCUGAGCUUUGAUAUGGUCCAAGAAAACAAAACAAAAAAAAUACACUUUGUAUCACUCACGUGUAUAUAUGGAAUUUCUUUCUGUGCCUCGAACUAACAUAUUUCACAAUCACCAUUGUCAACAUUCUUGGCGUUAAAUGUACAUGUAACUGUUGUUUUCUGUUUUAAGUUGACGCCGAUCAAAUAGUGACCACAGAAUGCACACACAAAAUAAAAGAAGCAAAGGGGAAAAUAUAAAAAAAAAAAAAAAAGAAAAGAAAAGAAAAAAGGGGAAAAGACCAACCUAGCAGUGUCUUUCCAACCUCAGCGGAAUGUCACGGACAAGUAUUUUUCCACAACACUUUAGAAUGAGAUAGCACACAAGGUAUGUAGCGAAUACUUGUGGUGUCUGGUUGUGUGCGUGUGUUUGUGCGUGUGACAUUUUCCCCCUUUUCUUUUGGUCUAAAAAAGAAAAUGUGUAAGUGUGUUUGUGCUACUUUCUUUUGCUGUUUGUACAGCACAAGCCUUGACCUCCCCUGUUGAUUGUGGAGGCAAAUUUCUUUUGAGUGGAAACCUGAAAAAUAUAAUGAUGCGUGUACGCAUGAGUCAAUAUGAAUGGUACGCAAAAAAGCUCUGAUCACUCACCCUCCUUUUUUUUCUUGGUCUAUGCUGCAGUGAAAUCCACACUAACUAUUCACACUAAGUCUGCAAACAAUGUAAAGCCGCAAAUAAGAAGAAAAUCGGUUUUUUUUUUCUUUUUUUUUCUUUUCUUUUUUUUUUUUAGAAAAAAUAAUGUUUAAAAACCAAAAAAAGUUUAAAUAAUAUCUAGUUCAAGAACUGCAUGUGCUAUGUGCAUGCCACACUGUGGGUUAACAGUCAUCUUCAGGACAUAAAAGAAAAACAGACUAAUAAAUCCAUAGAUAUUAAAAAAAAGAUAUAUAGAUAGAUGUUUUUAAAAGCAACCUUUUUUCCUUCUAUUUUUGAGAACAAAAAAAUAUUACAAAAAGGACCAAAAAAAAAAGAUAAAUAAGGGGAUCAAAACACAAAAGAGACUGGUGAGUCUUUCUUUUUCUGUGACAUGGGCUUAAGGCACAACACAAUUGAACGUUGAAGACACCACAGAUAUUGGUGGGGGGAAAUGUAAACGGAGAAAAGAAGUGCAGAUUCAAUGAUGUGUUUUGUCGAUAUAACUACUGGCUGUUGGAACCUCUGAUCUCUCACUCACGCUGUCCUUUUCUCUCUUUCACUCUCUUAUCACUCUCGACCUGUCUCACCACAAUUUCUACCAGUGCAUUUUGUAAUUCCAAACAGAACUCUUCCUAAAGAACAAAAAAAUAAAUUUAAAAAAACUGAGAGAAUGCA